UCGGACGGAGCCUGAGACGGAGGCCAAUGUGGGGGUUCCUUCUCCUCCUCUGCCUGCCCCCUCUGGGCUCCGGGACGCCUCCCGGCCCCCGCCAGCAGCCGGCGGCGCUCAGCGACAACAACUCCAGCCAUGGGCUCCAGGCCCCAGCCACGUCCCCGACCCCCCCACCGGUGACCCCCACCCUGCUGCCCACCCACAGCGAAGCCCCCGGGCUGUCCCUGAACCUGGGGCUCAACUUCAAGAUCAAGGUGCGGGGUAAGGGGCGGGCGGGUGAGGGGCCGGCCGGCACGAAGCCCCCCGCCCAGCCAGCUGCCCCCACCCACUCCCAGGUGCCGGGCGCCGGGCACUUCUGGGCAGAGGCCCUGGGGGGCUCCGGGUGGCAGGCUAGCAUCCCUGCUGAGGAGCUCCCCCCUGGGCCGGGCGGGUGGGCCUGGGGUGGCCCCCCGGCACACGCUGACCCCGACCUCCCGGGCCCCGGACCCACCCUUCAGCACCCGCUCACACUCUGGCCCAGGCUGACGGAGAAGGCCUUGGCUGCACCCGUGGGGGAAGACAGCAAGGAGCUGGAAUUCAAGAUUGACAUUGACCUGACGGCCGGGCUGGGCAAGGAGGGCGGCCUGGCGCCCAACAACAGCAGCAUCGGCACUGCCAGGCGGUAUCCGCUGCUCCCUGGCCUCCGGGUCGGGAUUUCGGAGAUUGCCAGCAAACUGGGGGGACCAGGCCUAUUUGGAUCCACGCUGCCGCCAGAGCCUCCCGAGUGGAACGUCACAGGCAGUGCCGGGGAGCAACUUGGGGGCUCCCACCCGACCCCAGAGCAAGGUCCCGAAUCCAGCAGCCUCUCCGCAUCUCCAGGCAGCGAAGGUGCUUUUGUGGCUCUGCCAGGCUGCCCACCUGAUCUCCUGAAUGACUGCGGUUCACCGCUGCCUGACCCCGGCUCACCCCCAGCCUCCUCGCUGCUCUCGCCGGCCCUGCCUCUCUUCGUACCGCUGCAUGCCGACUGGGAUGUGGCCCUGGCAGAGUGGGGCCUGGCCUGGGAGGCUCAUGUCUAUGGGGCGGGUUCCCUCUUUGCCCUCCUGGCCCUCCUCUCACUGCUGGGCCUGCUAGGCCUCCCUUGCCGCUGCCCUGCCGGCUGCAAGACCCUGGCGCUGCUGCAGCUGCUACUGCUGGGGGCAGGUGGCGGGCGGGCCGCCCUCCUCCUGGGCGACGCCUGCGGGCACCUCGAGCUGCUGCCUGCCUUUGCCCUGCGGCUGCUCCACGACCUGGCACUGCCCUGCCUGACCUCGGCCCUGGCCGCCACACUGCUGCUGCUUUCGCGCCGCGCUCGCCUGGAGCACUCCUCGCCCUCCGGCCUGCGCCACCCCUGCCUGCUGGCCGCCCUGGUCCUGCUGCACUUCUCAGUGGCCACGGGAGCCGUUCUGGCCACCGACCUCCUCCACCAGCUGCCCUUCCUGCUCCUGGCUUCGCGGGGCGUCUUUGCCCUCUUGGCUGCCCUGCUCUCCGUCUCCUUCCUCAUCUUCCACUGCAGGGCGCGAGUCGACGCCGCACAAAUCUACGACCUCAAGAGUGCCACGCAGCCAGCCUGCCGCUGCCCCUUUGCCGACACCCGCCAGUGGAGGCAGGCUGCCCACACCGCCCUCCCGGCCGCCUUCUUUGGGCUGCUGAGUGCCAGUCUGCAUACCUAUGCCAUCCUGCAUGCCCUGGGCUACGGCCUGCGCCCCCAGCUCUUUGGGCCCUGGCCCUGGUGGGGGCUGCAGCUGGCCUGCCGUGUCUGCGAGGCGGGCAUGGGGCUGCCCUUGGCCUUCCUGGGGCUGUACGCCACCUUCUGUUCCUCUCCGGCCGGCGGGCCACCCUGCUGCACCCGGUGCUGCUGCCUCUCUGCGGACCCCGCUGCUGCCAAAGCCCAGCUCCUGCCCAACAACUUCCAGUGGGCACUGUCGCAGCACGAGAAGCUGGUGGUCUGUGACACCAUCGCCCGCAGCGACUCCGACUACCUCCCGCUUUACGCCCUGCCUGCCGGGGAGGCCGACGACACCAAAGCAGUCUCCGUGCUCAGUGUGGCCGUAGAGGCCGGCGACCCCACGGCAGAUUUCCAGCCCCCCUCGCCCAUCGACCUCCGGCGCAGCAUCGACGAAGCUCUGUGCAGCGAGGGGCUCUUCCUCCAGGACGGGGGCUCUCCGUACGCCCCCUCCAGCACCCUGUCGCUCAGCCUGGCCCGGGAGCGGUCUGCAGAGAGCGAGCUCUACCGCACAGCCUCCUGCCUGGAGCUGGUGCCUGCACGGUCCUGGAGUGCCGGUGGGGAGGGGGCCAGCGGAGCUGCCACCACCGCCUCUUCGUCCCCGGAGCCUUGGGGGGCCGGGGAGGGCGGCAGCAGCACCUGCUCCACCUGCCCCUACAGACACUCCACGGACGACACCUCUCUGGUGCUCAGCUCCAGCCCCGGGAAAAGCCCCCCGAGGGUCUCGUCGGCCUGUGGGAGCCCCCCGCCUCCGGGCCGCCCAAGCUGGCCCCAGGCUCCUGUAUCCCAGGAAUCCCUGGUGUCGUCGUCUUCGGGGCCCCGGGGGCCACACGCAGCCCUCCUGCAGGAGGAGUUCAUGGACGUCUGCCGCCAAAUCGACGCCCUCAGCGUCAGCAGCGACACCAUAGACUUGUAGGCAUGCCUGGGCUGAGGGAGGGGAGGCUGACCCUUGACCCCCCCAAAAAAGGCACGUGCAAUUCUCAGCGGGAGCUGCA